GCACAGAGCUGGUGGGGUGUGCGCGGGUGCGCGCAUCGCUGCCUAAAGACCGCGGCUGCUGCUGCCGCUGCUCCUGCUGCUCCUGCUCCUUAUCCUGCUCCUUACCCUGCUGUUUCUGAUCCUGCUGCUGCUGCUUCUACUGCUGCAGUCCCGGCGCUGAGCUGCCGGCGGGCGGGUGCCAGGGGAACCCUGGCUGUUUCCUGCCUGGUGACAAGGGCAACGCUGCAAGAGCCGAACGGGUCCCUAGAGAGGAGGCUGCGCUGACAGCUGCACCUGUGAGGAAAGGAGGGGAAGCGGGUGCCCGAGGCAUUCAGCAGCAGCAGGCAGCCCGGGCUCCAGGCAUCAGCACCUCUGCGCAAGUGUCUUCACCACCCCUUGCUUCGGAUCUUUUCUUAAGGAAGAAGAGGAAAAGGGAUACAGAAAACCCCUGCGACUGGGCAGCCCCUGCUGGAGUCUAACAGGUGUUUGCUGGGAUUUGAAUGGGGAGGGGACGGGUGGGAAGAAAAGUUAACUGGAGAAAUUGGGGCUAGGAGAGAUGCAAUGAUCUUGCACCAAGUGGAUGUGCCAUGUCUGCAUGUGAAUAGCGCGCCUGGAGAAGCUCAGAGGGAUGUCUGGCAAGUGAUCUGCUUGAUCUCCGUAGAAACGCUCACCUCUGCCUGCAAACUUUGCCCUGACAGAAGCUGGGAGAAAUAAAAAGGCAUCAGAAAAGUCAAAAGGGGAAGAUCUCAUCUGACAACAACAACAAAAAGCAUCAAACACUUGAGCUAAACUCUUGCAUCCUGCCCCAGGGCUCUGGUGCAAGCAUCCCACCGGUCAUCUCCUGGGCUCCCAAGCCAGUUGGCGGUGGGUGGCAUUGGCCACGGUGCCCGGCGGCGUCCCCAGCAUUGGGGACGGGCCGAGCAGCAUGCUGGCUGCGGUGCCCGCGGCCGGCAACCAAACCCCGCGUGCCUGACCCGCCGGUGGUGCCGGGGCGGUGGCGGCCAUGGCUGCAGCCAUCGCCAGCUCCCUGAUCCGCCAGAAGAGACAAGCCAGGGAGCGGGAGAAGUCCAAUGCCUGUAAGUGUGUCAACAGCCCCAGCAAGAGCAAGGGAAGCUGCGACAAGAACAAGUUGAAUGUGUUUUCCAGGGUCAAACUCUUUGGCUCCAAGAAAAGGCGAAGGCGGCGACCAGAGCCUCAGCUUAAAGGUAUAGUAACAAAGCUAUACAGCAGGCAAGGAUACCACUUGCAGUUGCAAGCAGAUGGAACAAUUGAUGGAACAAAAGAGGAGGACAGUAGUUAUACUUUGUUUAACCUCAUACCUGUGGGUUUACGAGUGGUGGCGAUACAGGGAGUUCAAACAAAAUUGUAUCUGGCAAUGAACAGUGAAGGAUACCUAUAUACAUCAGAACAUUUUACACCUGAAUGCAAGUUCAAAGAAUCAGUAUUUGAAAACUACUAUGUGACGUAUUCUUCAAUGAUCUACAGACAGCAGCAGUCUGGCCGGGGCUGGUAUUUGGGUCUUAACAAAGAAGGAGAGAUAAUGAAAGGAAACCACGUCAAGAAAAAUAAACCUGCAGCACACUUUCUUCCCAAACCAUUAAAAGUGGCCAUGUACAAAGAGCCUUCUCUCCACGAUCUCACAGAGUUCUCAAGAUCUGGAAGUGGGACCCCAACAAAGAGCAGAAGUGUUUCAGGAGUGCUAAAUGGGGGUAAAUCCAUGAGCCAAAAUGAGUCAACGUAGCCAGGUUCAGGCAAGCCAAGUGCUCUCUAAACAGAACCUUACCUCUGGAUGCAGUUGAAUUCUUACUAGCAGUCUUUCAUCCAAACGUUCAAUUGCCCAGGACAAGCCAACCGAACUUGCAUAGGUCACUCGUUUAUCAACCAUUAGAUCUUCUGGGUGUCAAAGGAUAUACCCCAAUAAUGUAGAAUAUGCUUGUGCAUAUCACAAGGCACUUGGAUAGCCAACAACCAUUAACUGUGGAAUAAAUCUUGGAGAAGAAAAGUCCAGCUCUUUCUCUCUCCCUCUCUCUCUCCUUAUCUCUCUCUCUUUCUCUCUUUCUCUCCUCUAUGCUUUGUGGAAUACGAAACAAACAAACAAAACAAAAACCAUUUCACAGCAUUCACUGCUGAUAAGAAUUUUGCUUUCCAACUCAGAAAGAAACAAAACAAACAAACAACC